AUGGCUGCUGUUUACAGCAAGGAGCUCUUCUUGGGUUGGUAUUUAAUUACUCUCAAGCUCCGAGAAACUGUGGAAUCUCGAUUCCCCAAGAAAUCAACCUAUGUGGGCGAGAUUGUCCCCGAAGAUGAGCCCAGGCCUCCCAAGUCAGAGUGGGUCAUUUCCAUCGAAGAGAAGCUCAGCCAAGGUCGCCAGGACAACGUGCCAGACUCGUGGGCAAAUCUCUCCAUUCACCGGAUCCCACGCUAUCUCAAGCAUGGUGAGGACAAGGACUGGGUCCCCCAGAUCGUCUCUCUCGGGCCGUACCACCAUGGUGGUGAACACCUCCACCGUAUGGAACGGCACAAGUGGCGCUCCCUCCACCGCAUUCUUGAGCGCUCCGGUCAAGGGAUAGGCCUCUAUCUAGACUCAGUGAAGAAGGUCGAGCGGAGAGCUCGCGCCUGCUACGAGGGAAGGAUAUCCAUGAGCCGCGACGAGUUCGUGGAGAUGAUGGUUCUCGAUGGGUGCUUUGUGAUCGAGAUGUUCCAGGGAUUCGCCAAGGGGUUCGGGAAACUUGGCUACGCUUUCGAUGACCCCGUCUUCUCAAUGCAGGGAUCGAUACUCCAAAUCCAGCGGGACAUGAUCAUGCUCGAGAAUCAGAUCCCGCUCUUCAUACUCAACCAGCUCCUCUGUCUCCAGUUCGGUGACCCCAUCCAGGAGGAGCGUGUGGCCAAGCUAGCGCUCCAAUUCUUCAGCCCUCUGAUUGGGAUCCCUCAGACUGGGGUCACCGGGGCCGCACGCAGAUGGCUGACGGUCUACCCUCUUGACGAGGACCACAGCAAAAGAUCCCGCUCCGUUGACAAGUACUACAGCCUAAGAUUGAAAUUCGACCCGUUACACGACCAUGGCAAGGUCCAUUGCCUUGAAGUGGUCCGGAGAAGCCUCCUGCACUUGGGCCCAAAGCGGCCCAAGACCAAGCGAUGGCGGCAAAGCCGGGAACCGCUCACUUUCUGCUUGAGCGAGCUGCGGGAAGACGGGAUCCAGAUAAGGCCAAGAGAACUCCACAGUUGGGGUGACAUCCAGUUCAAGAACGGGAUCCUCGCAAUCCCGCCCAUUGAGAUCCACGAAGGGACGAGGUCGCUCUUCCUUAACUUGAUUGCCUUCGAGCAGUCUCAAUACAAUUGUAGCCACUACGUUACCUCGUACGUAAUCUUCAUGCACAAUUUGAUCAACUCCCCAGAGGACAUCCUAUACCUCCGCGACUGCCGGAUCAUCAAGCACUGCCUUAUGAGUGACACUGAGGUGGCUGACCUCUUCCACCGGCUUUGCCAGGGGGUGGCCUUCGACCUAGAAGACAGUUAUCUCAGGGACAUAUAUGAAGAUCUGGUGAUGUACCACUCUGGAUUAUUUUACCUUUUUCGCAAUCUUGCCAUUUCCAAUACAUGCUAUGGUAUGAUAAGAUUCGGUCUCGCGUUCUUUUGGGGUAUCUUGAAAGCCUUUCUCACCCGCAAGUGGAAUGCUUGGGUAGCCAUUCUCAAGAACAAGUACUUCGACAAUCCCUGGUCAAUAAUUUCCGUAAUUGCUGCUUUCGUUUUACUUGUGCUUACUUUUAUACAGGCCUUCUAUGCAGUUUAUGCCUACUAUAGGCCGCGUUUUUGA